CCCGGCCGGUGCACAUCGCUCCUCCCACUCUGGGGGCUUUUCUCUCUGGGAGGAGUCGCUCGCACAAACCUGGCAACCGCGGCUUUGUUAACACUUCACUGGAACCAAGAUGGCAGACUUCGACGACCCCAGCGAUGAAGAGAAGGUCCGUAUUGCGGCAAAUUUUGUGAUGCACGCUCCUCCAGGAGAGUUCAAUGAAGUCUUCAACGAUGUGCGAGUACUGCUCAACAAUGAUAAUCUUCUCCGAGAGGGCGCGGCUCAUGCCUUUGCCCAGUACAACAUGGAUCAGUUCACCCAUGCCAAAGUUGAUGGAUAUGAAGAUCAGGUCUUGAUAACAGAGCACGGAGACCUGGGUAAUGGCCGCUUCUUUGACCCUCACAAUAAGAUCUCCUUCAAGUUCGACCACCUGAGGAAAGAGGCCAGCGACCCCCAGCCCCAUGAGGGUGAGGCAGCCCUGAGGCAGUGGAGAGACGCCUGUGAUUCUGCCUUGAGGGCCUACGUCAAGGAGCACUACCCUGGUGGAGUCUGCACGGUUUACGGGAAAACAAUCGACGGCCAGCAGACCAUUAUUGCUUGUAUCGAGGGUCAUCAGUUUGAGCCUAAAAACUUCUGGAAUGGUCGCUGCCGGUCUGAAUGGAAGUUCAGCAUCUCGCAAUCUACCGCGCAGGUGUCCGGAGUCUUGAAGAUACAGGUACAUUAUUAUGAGGACGGAAAUGUGCAGCUCGUCAGCCAUAAAGAUGUACAGCAAGCACUGACUGUGUCCAAUGAGAGCCAGACUGCAAAGGAGUUGGUGAAAAUUAUUGAGGAUGCAGAGAAUGAAUACCAGACGGCCAUCAGUGAGAACUAUCAGACCAUGUCAGACACCACCUUCAAAGCCUUACGCAGACAGCUGCCGGUCACCCGCACCAAGAUCGACUGGAACAAGAUCCUCAGCUACAAGAUCGGCAAAGAGAUGCAGAAUGCUUAAGAAGACAGCGGAAGCUGGUUCGGUAGAGAGAGAGGCCGGCGCUUGUGCAAAGAGUGUGACCCAACAGAACGUCCCUCUUAAAAUAGACGUCACAGCUUCUGUUGAGCACUAAGUAGGGAUGGAUGCCUUUCGUUUAAAAGUUACACUGAGUGACGUAACCGUGGCCCAUUUGUAAACAUACUGUAUAUUAUUAUUUUUCAACAAACAAAUGCCUUUGGUGUCACUGUGUAAGUUUGGGUCGAUUCCUACCUCUCAAACUCUCUCUCACACACACAUACACACACAGUUCGUCAUCCCUCAGUGAUUCAAUUUGACGCACAUCCUCCCAAAGCCCCCUUGAGUUUUCGUGUAGCAACUAACUUACUUUCUAUCAAACAUAACUGAUAUUCUUUAAAAGCUUCCAGAACCUCUAUAGUCCUUAUUUUAUUAACAAGAGGGCAAAUGUUAUAUGCAAUGUGACAUGUUAUCUGACUGGAGAGAGACUUGAAAGCAUUAAUGCAUUCCUCUUCCCUGUUCAUUAAUCCCCCCAGACUGAUAAAGUAUUGGUGUUCUCCUGCCUGUUGUUUGCCUUUAGCUUUUGCUAUAUUUUUUUAUACAAACUGUAAGUACAUUUAUUAUUCUUGAAAUAAAAAUGUUGCGCCAAA